AUGGGUGAUCUCUACAAUCCUGUCAUGGUCAAGAUCACAGUUCGAGAUGGCGAGGCAGAUCAGCAGACCUUCAUAGUACCGCGUGGCCUCAUCACCGCUAAGUCAGACUACUUUGAUCGAGCCUUCAACAGCGGGUUUGGGGAAGCUGAAAGGGGGCGAGAUCGAGUUGGAAGAAUUGUCGCCGCAGACGUUCAAGGUGUUCUUGGGCUGGCUGUAUAA